CUUUAUCAUCGAAGCAAUGGUUUAUUAGAAAGUUUAAAGAGUCCUCAAAAUCAAUCACCCUUUUUAUUGAAACACGAAGUAUUUCACGCAAAUUUAGUCGUAGCUUCAACAUGGAGCUUUCUCACAGUCUCACAUUAAAUGAGGAUGCUUUGAGCCAGAUUCCAGAGCAAAAACGUCCAGUAUUCAUUUUCGAGUGGCUUCGUUUUUUGGACAAGGUUUUAGUUGCUGCUCAGAAGUCGGAUAUAAAAGGUUGUCAAAAGAAAUUAGUAGAACAGCUAACGCAGCACAUACAGGGUUCGCCAGGACCACCAACGCGAAAACUAAUAGCGCGCUGUCUUGCUACUUUAUUCUCUGUUGGAGACACAUUUUUGCUGUUUGAAACUGUGAAUAAGUGUAACGACAUUUUAAAGAACAAGGAUGACUCACCAAGCUAUUUGGCGACUAGACUUGCUGCCAUUUGUGUAGUUGGUUGCAUGUACGAAAAACUUGGACGAAUGAUGGGCCGCUCCUAUGAAGAUACAGUACAAAUUUUGAUAAAAUCUUUAAAGAACGCCGAAUCGCAAGUGCGCAUUGAAAUAAUGCUAACAUUGGAAAAGGUUUGCUCUGGAAUGGGGUCAGCUAUUUCUAAUGUCCAUAAAGACAUCUAUAAAGCUGUUCGAUACUGCCUCACGGAUCGGGUUAUGGCAGUACGCGUAGCGGCCUCAAAUUGUUUACUUGAAAUGACUAAACACGCUCCAUUCCUCUAUACAACAGAGCUUGAGAGUUUAGCAGCGUUGUGCUUUCGAGCAUUCGAUAGUUGUAACUAUGAAGUCCGCUGUGCUGUUGCCAAAUUAUUGGGAACUUUGAUAGCAUGUACACAGAACGGAAGUUUGAAAAAUUUUACUAAUAUGACUUCUUCUGCAUCGAGCACCAGGUCUGUUCGACCGAUAUCUUUGGACGAAGCACUAGGAGUUCUAAUGGCUGGUUUCCUUCGCGGCGGUGUUUCAUUUCUGAAAGGAACAGGCGAAAUUAUUAAAGGAAGUUCUGGAGUCAAUCGCGAGGUUCGUGUUGGUGUAACACACGCGUAUGUAAUCUUUGUGCAAACCAUGGGUGGCUUGUGGUUGGAACGGAAUAUGCAAGCAUUUUUAAUACAUGUACUAGACCUUGUCGCCAAUCCUAAAGCUGCGUCAUCUCAUAUGGAUGCUGUAUACUCAAGAAAGUGUACCAAUUUUAUACUUCGUUCAGUGAUAGGAAAAAUGCUUGGAGAGAAAGCACAAACGUCAGCUUGCAAAGAGUUAAUUCAUAUCAUAGCGAAACAGAUGAAUUCAAUUGAUUUCAAUCCAGAGAAUGCAAAAGAUUCCAACCAAGAAACAUUGUUUAGCCAACAUUUAUUGGUUUGUGCGUUACAGGAGCUUGGCAGCCUUGUGUUACUUUUAGGAACCACGGCACAAAAUUUGCUUACAGAUCAGUCAUUGAAUUUUAUUGAUGCCACAUGCGCAGUUUUAAUUCACCCUUGCUUGGCCGCCAGACUAGCUGCUGCGUGGUGUCUGCGAUGUGUCUGUGUUGCCGUUCCUAGCCAGAUAACUCCUCUUAUUGACCGAUUUAUAGAGGCGAUAGAGAAAAUGCGAACCUCUCCCGAUGCCAUAUCUGGUUACAGUUGCGCUUUAGCCGCUGUGUUGGGAGGCGUUAGCAAUUCACCACUGGGCAUUCCACAUACAAGAGGCAAAGUUAUAUUCAACACUGCAGAAGAACUCUUACGGACAGCAAGUCAAAAUAGUCGACUGUCUCUAAAUAGAACGCAGGCCGGUUGGUUAUUGAUUGGGGCAAUUAUGACCCUUGGGGUGCCUGUUGUGAAAGGUCUUCUUCCGCGUAUGUUAUUACUGUGGCGUAACGCAUUUCCUCGUUCUACCAAGGAGCUUGAUUCGGAAAAAGCACGCGGAGAUGCAUUCACCUGGCAAGUCACACUGGAGGGCCGUGCAGGCGCUUUAUCUGUUAUGCAUAGUUUCUUGUUCCAUUGUCCUGAGCUGGUAACAGACGACAUAACGCGACGUCUACUAACACCCAUCGAAAGCGCUUUGGCAAUGUUGAUAAACUUUACUUCCGUUUUAAAAAGCUAUGGGCAGCAUCUAAAAGCUCCAACGGCGAUGGUUCGAUUGCGUUUAUAUGAGACUCUAACGUUGCUACCAGCGAAUGCAUUAGAAUCAUCUUACACGCAUCUGCUGCGCAUGCUAGUAUCAGAGUUCACUCUCACAGAAAAUCCGGCAAAUACCACAACAUCUCUCUUACGACAGAUGUGCCAUGCGGAUGAUUCCAUAAUUUUAGGAACAUGGCUACAAGAAACGGACCAUCGUAGCAUCGAAGACCAGCUUCAACCUAACAGCGCUGCAGGUUCUGGAGCCCUUGAACAUGAUCCCUGCUGUUUGUAUCGAGUCGUUACUAGUGGAGAACAAUGUCCCGGCCCGCUGCCGUUGGGUGUCGCUGUAAUAGAUCAGUCUGUUACACUUUUCGGUUUAAUAUUUCCAAAGGUGGCCAAUAAACAUCGGUUGCAAAUGCUGGAGCAUUUCGGGGAGUGUAUCAGGCAUGCUAAAAGUUCACGUCAAGAAGCAGUGCAGAUGAACAUUUUUACCGCUCUGUUGAGUGGACUAAAAGGGCUGACCGAAACUAAAUCUGGAAUUGGUCAAGAGGAAGUAAGAAAAAGUGCCACCAACCUGAUAAUCAAUGCAUUAAUCUGCACGAAUCCAAUACUAAGAUGUGCAGCUGGAGAAGCGCUAGGACGCAUUGCACAAGUUCUUGGUGACUCUCGAAUUACCGCAGAGUUGGCUCAAACUAGUUUUGAUCGUCUCAAGUCGGCACGCGAUGUUGUGACUAGAACUGGCCACUCUCUUGCAUUAGGCUGCUUGCAUCGUUAUGUAGGCGGAAUGGGUUCGUCUCAGCACCUGAAUACCAGUGUCUCUAUAUUACUUGCACUUGCCCAAGAUGGAAGCUCACCUGUUGUGCAAGUAUGGUCCUUAUACGCACUAUCGUUGAUCGCAGACUCCGGCGGACCAAUGUUUCGAGGGUAUGUUGAGCCAACACUCUCACUAUCGUUGAAGUUACUUCUCUCUGUACCACAGUCACAUGUAGAUGUUCAUCAGUGCAUUGGGCGCGUAUUGAGUGCGCUUAUAACCACUAUGGGUCCAGAGCUCCAGGGUAAUGGUACUUCGAUUUGCACUGCUCGGUCCUCAUUGCUCUGUGCGGCAGCGAUUAUGCAAGCUCAUUCCGAUCCGCUGGUACAAGCAGAAGCUACUGGUUGUUUACAGCAACUUCAUCUUUUCGCACCUCGCCAUGUCAAUUUAUCCACAUUAGUUCCUAAUUUGUGUCAAAAUCUGAGCAGUAACUACCUUAUGCUACGCAAAGCAGCAGUUUCCUGUCUCCGUCAAUUAACUACGCGCGAAGCGAAAGAAGUAUGCGAGCAUGCAUUGAAUUUGGUUAGCGAUGACGAUAGUUUCGCCCUGUCGGACUAUGGAUUGCCAGGAGUUUUGUUCGGAAUGCUCGAUACAGAGAGUGAUAAUGUAAUGAUUAAAAAUAUUCAUGACACAAUAACAUCAAUGUUGCAAAUAUUGGCUGCCGAUAAUCUGUCGCAGUGGCUCAGUAUGUGCAAGAAUGUGCUAACCGUCGCAUCAGAAGCUGCUUUAACAGCCGGUCCUACUGAGACGGCAGGGUCUAAGGAUGAAGCUGACGAUGACGCAGAAGAUAACGAAGCUGAUGAUGAUAACAUCGAGUUUCACGCCGAAGACAAUCUGGUAACUCAUCCAGCCGUUCAGCCACGCUGGCCUACUCGAGUGUUUGCUGCGGAGUGCGUACGCAAAAUUAUAUCAACUUGUGAAAAUGCUAGUCCUGCUCACUACGACUUAUUGCUAGCAAAAGAAAUGCAAAUUACAAAAUCUCGCGGUGAUUAUCUGGUUUUGCAUUUGUCGGAUUUAAUCAGAAUGGCCUUCAUGGCUGCAACCAGUGAUUCCGAUCAGCUAAGAUUGGAAGGCUUGAAGACAUUGCAAGAAAUAAUUGAUAAAUUCGCCAGAGUCCCUGAGCCUGAGUUUCCCGGCCACUUACUGCUGGAACAGUUUCAAGCACAAGUAGGUGCUGCAUUGCGACCAGCGUUUUCUCAAGACACCCCGUCUCAUGUGACAGCGGCUGCAUGCGAGGUGUGCUCAGCUUGGAUUGGAUCUGGAGUAGCAAGAGAUCUCAAUGACCUGCGUCGUGUUCAUCAGUUGCUAGUUUCCAAUUUAACUAAGCUGAAUGAUAAGACUAACAGUACGCAGUUGUACAAUGAAAGCAUGGCAACGUUGGAAAAGCUUAGCAUCUUGAAAGCGUGGGGUCAAGUUUACAUAAUGGCAAUGAUGGGAAAUGGAACUGCACCAGCUAGCUUGAUGCUGAAAACGUUGUCAUCCUCGUCAAACACCAUUACACCCGUGACCAAUGAAAGUCGUUCGGUUGGCGAUGAAGAAUUCGGUGAUUUCGAAAGUCGUGGAGAAAGUUUGUUAGCUCUAGUGCAACCGGAACUGAACAAUUUAUCUACUCACUGGUUAGCAGCUCUCAAAGAUUAUGCUUUGCUUUCACUUCCAGCGGACUAUGCAAGUCAGUUGCCACAUGACGGUGGAGCAUUUUACACUAACGAUACGAUGAAUUUAGCAAAACCGCACUAUUUAACCUCAUGGCCACCGAUUUUGCAUGCUGCUGCGCUCUGGCUUAAUGCUGAAGGAUUUGCUAAACAUGAAAACGAUUCUGCCACGACGAAUGCUUCUGUUGAUGAUAAGGUUAACGCAAAUGAUUUACCCAGUGGUAAAGUUAUUGAUAGGUUUAAUCACCAAAAUCCAACCGGAAUGACUAGCGGUGCUAUAAACACUAUCUCCCAUGGCAGUCUAAGUGCCGACCGUUUUCAUCUGGUGUUUGGGAUUUGCAUGGAAGCUCUCUGUAGUACUCGAACAAACGAGAAACUAGAUAGUGUUAUUGCGUGUUUGCAAUCACUGUAUACGAUAUUCGAUUCCAAAUGGUCACGUAUGAUGCUAACAAAGAAUAAAUCUUUACCAGUUGAGCUCUGCAACGUCUUACAUCGUUUAAUACUCACGAGAGACAGUAUUGAGGUUCAAUUUCUAAGCAUUCUUAUACUGAAACAGACUAUUAAAGCCAACAUUGAAUCUUUGGAGAUGGACAAGCAAGAAAAGCUGGCUAAGGAAAAAUCGGAAAAUGGCAAUGAUGAGAGUAACGAUGUUGAUUUUCUUGGCGAAGGCGGUGAAGAAGGUGAGAUUUUGCCUGGAAAAUCGCAUGUUUAUGCAGUAAUGGAGGUGAUACUAUGUCUGCUAGCGCGCCAAAUUCCGGCCAUGAAUCCAUCGCAAAGUGCACGUGUUGCCACCGAACAGCUACAACGUCAGAUGACACAGACGAAAAAUGGCCGGUUUAAAUUAUCUGAAGACAACAGUCUACUUGUGGCAACCGCCAUUCAGAGUAUGUCGGAUCUAACGAAGCUUUGCUCACCAACAGGAGCUGUAUCUAUUCUUCCGACAAUACUCUACCUCACUACUAGUGUCAUAAAGGAGGUGGCCACCAAAUCGAUUAGUGAUGAAACGAUCAUUGCCAAUUCGAACAUAAUUCAAUCGGCACUGCAGCUGCUGAAGGCCCUCGCUACCGAUCGCUACGCCAAACAUGAACUUUCAAGCGAUGAAUGGAAAAAAUUGCUGCAGAGUGCGCUUGGUAAAAUCAUUGAUCUUACUAAGACGGGAUGCGAAGAAACUAAAUUAGACGAAGUGACCAUGAUGCUGGCCAUCGCUGUCUUUCUACUGCACACUCCUUCGUCUCUGGUAGCGGUACCAAACCUACAGUAUCCCUGUAUCAACCAUUUUCGCCAAUGCUUGAUGAGCGGAGCGCCGAUGGUUCGGUUGAAGUGUGUACAAACUAUGCGCUCAAUUUUUGUCAAUGCCGAUUUGAAAAUUUCAACUCCGUACAUUCACGCUUUGGUGCCGCGACUAAUAGAAACACUAUUUGCUGAGAACAAUAGAAGCCCUCAAAAUGACAUGGAACUGGCGUUUAUUCUAGAAGGUAUAACAAGUUUGGAAGCCUUAACAGGAAUAGCUGAACCAAACAAUCAUGAUUCAAUCCAAGGUACACAAAUGCUAACUAUACUGCUUCCAAUACUCAUCAAUUAUCUUCUGGAACCUGACCAGUUGAGGAAUAAAGCCAAACAAUGCGUUCAACUUCACGAGCAAGCCAUUCAGUGGUUAAUGAAAAUUGGACCAAAAUAUCCAGCGGAAUUUAAAACAUUCAUGGCCCAGAAUGCAGAGUUGCGUAUCAAAUUGGAAGCGGCAAUCAAGCGGAAUCAGAUGAACGCAAUUCAGGCUAAGAACAAAACCGAAGCUGCUAAUGCAGUGGCACGAGCAAGUGCAACACAGCAGCAGAAACCUACAAUUCAAUUGAAAACCGAUUUUAGCAAUUUCAGCACAUAAACAUCAUUACGCUUAGCGAACAAAACUCGGCAAGAUGAGUGUAAUCAUUAUACCUAACAUUUACAAAAAGAACGAAACAUUUAAGGCUAAUAAUCAUAACCAUCUUUCUGCAUGCCUAACCAACCCAUUAACCGUUGAUAAUGUGUGAAAUGUAAAAUUACCCAUCAUUCUUUCAAAGAGCCCAAGUGAUAAAAAAUAUGAUCAUGUUUUCAAUUGGCUGUAGUUUUUUGAGCGCCUUCGUGACGUCUUCGAAGACGAAGAUUGAUAUUAAUGAAAACUUUUUCUCGAUUGAAUUUCACUUUUAAUCUUAUUCACUCAUUCGUGAUUCGUCAUUCGUCAUUCGUGACCUCUGCGGGGUUGGGAUUAGAACCAAGUCCUCGGCGUGAGAGGUGUUGAUGUUAAACACUACACCGGUAUUGACCACUAAGUUUUAUUUUUCAAACAUAUUUUUCAUGAAGUUAUGAUUUUGAACAUAGUAUAAAUGAUUUUAAUUUUGAACAUAGCAGGCCGUAUGAAUAAAAGAGAUAGAGCAAACUCUCCCAUAAGAUUUACACGGGAAAAGCAAGGCAAACUGUUUUAUUCAUACGGCCUAGUAUAUAUCCCUACGUAUAUAGUAUUUCUUUUAUUCGAUAGCUAAAGUUGUCGAUAAAAAGGUUCGAAAAUAGACACUGAGGAAGCCUGCAAGCCGUAGGCGAAAUACGUAUUUGUCAAGAAUUAAUAUAUAUAGUAGAAUUAAAUUGGAUAAAUUUUCUUUUUAUUUAAUUCCAGGAUAAAAAGGGUCAAGUUUUGGAAAGACGUUUAAGCCCAAGGCUUUGCUUUUUUCUACAUUAUUUCCAUGAUGGUAGAAUGAGAUUGGCCGAAAUUUAUACAUUUAUUCAUGAAAUUUGAUAAAAUAGCAAAAAGCCCUCUCUGUCCCAUGGUAGCACAGGUGAUCCAUGACUUCCGAAACUAAAAUAGGCCGAUAAAAUUUUUAAGGCAUUUAAAUAUCGAUAUUUUGAUUUUAUAACGUAGUAAAAACAUUAUUUUACAAGCUGUAUAGUCAUAUUUGACGAAUUGCUUAUUAUUCGCUUUUUCACAUGAUCGAAAACUGUAAACCACCAAAAUACCCCUGGGACAGAGAGGGUUAAAGAAUAGUUUCUUUACAGAAGUGUAAUCGAUCUACUUUCCCGAUAAACGAAAACGGAAAAACAGGCAUUAGAAGCAACUUUGUUAUAUUUAAACUAUUACUUGGCAUUAAUAUUUAUGGAAUACCUCUUCGUUAUUGACGAAAAGAUCAUCUAAGAAUUCUACUAUUUUUCACUAUUGUGAAAAAAAUAAAAGUCCUCUUGGUUUUCCUUCGAAGUGCAGUUUUCUUAUGACGAGCUGCCGCUGAAGCAUGAAAAAUUAUUUCACUAAGAAAUGUAAGUUCGGAAAUAUUUUGUCUGCCUAAACGGGAGUACAUGUACAGUAGAGUGUCCCAAAAUAGCACUAUGUCAGAAAACCCGGAGGCUCAACCCUCAAAUGAUAGCUUAGGGUGUCACAACAAAACUUUUAUAUGACGUCAACAUUGGUUGCCGCGAUUUAGGGGUCGCACAUUAGAGUUUUAUGAAAAAAUGGCAUUUUUCAGGAGUAAAUUCAGAAAAAUAUUUUUAGAAAUGGUAAAGUGGGUAAAAAAAGAUACUUAAAUAUUUUUUUUCACAAUCAUUGGGAUCUGAUACAUUCAUAAAAAAGUUAUGGUGGCAUGUCUGGAGUCAUAUUUGGUUACAAAAAUUUAUUGAAUUGGCAAAAAUUUAAAAUUUUUGAAAUUUCAUUUAAAUAAACGUCAAAACAGGGUAUCGAACAGUAUAUCAGAGUAACGUACGUAUACUGUUUAGAUGAGAAAUUUUAUGACAAACAACUUUGCCGAAGAAAAUACGGACGUAUGUUCAAAUCUCGCUGAGGUAUUCACGUUUUUCUGAAGGCGGGACCAAACAUAUUUCCGAAAUUUUCAAAUUUUAGUAGUUCCACGUGAAAAAGGUAAAUGAUAAAACGUAUUUAUUCUAAACGUUACCUACGUGUUUGAUAGGAAGAAAUAUGCACCUUCCACAGAAUUUAGCACCAUUUAGGAUCAAGAAUCACUUUAAAAAGGACGUACUUAUUUUUAAAGGUACUAUGUUUGAAAAAUCUUAUCUCCCGAAACUAGGGUUGCUCCAAAGUGAUGCCUAAGCGUGAGUUGUAGAAAGUUGAUUUUUAAACCUGAAAAAAUAAACACUGAAAUUUUUUUGACCCUUUUUGUACUAUCAGUAGAUGGUAGAAUCAGCAAGGUGUAUUCAGACAAAUUGAAAGGUAAUAUUUAUUCUAGUUGCUAACUUGGUAAUAUAACACGGAUAACAUAGGAAAAGGGCACGUUUAAAAUAAAAAAAUAAAAUCUUAAAUAUCAAAUAUCUUAAAUCAAAUAUCUUAAAUACGGCUGCAUUUAGAAGCUAAUCAUUAUUUUGAACACGUGUUGUCAAGCACAUACGAAGUUGUUCUUCAAAUUCACAUUACAUAUAUGUAUAACGAGAAAUAUAAGAAUAGUAAUAAGAAAUAUAAUAAUAAUCUUAGGUUACAAAAUAUUCAUAAAGGUCGUUGUUCUACAAAAUCCUUUGAUAAAUGUUGCACCAUUUCAGAAAAAGUCUCAAAAUGCAUCAAAUCACCACUAUUUUUCCAAAAAAAAAUCGAAGUUACCAUUUCCUGUAUAUUUUAAUUUUACAUUUUUACCUGGCGUUAGAACACAGUGAAUUUUUUUCAGUGUUUAUUUUUUCAUGUUUAAAACUCAAUUUUCACAAACUGACGCUUAGGUUUCAUUAUGGAGCAAACCUAGUGUCAGGGGAUACAAUUUCUCAAACAUAGUACCUAUUAAAAUAAUUACGCCCUUUUUAAAAAUGAUUCUUGAGCCUUAAUGGUGCCAAAUUCUUUGGAUGGUGCAUGUUUCCUCUUAUCAAAAACACAAGUGACGUUUAGAGUAAAUAGUUUUUUCAUUUACCUCUUUCACAUGAAACUGCUAAAAUUUAAAAAUUACAGAAAUGUGUUUUGUUCCGCCUUCAGAAAACAGUAAAUAUCUCUACGAGAUUUAAAAAGACGUCCUUACUUUCUUCGGCAAAGUUAUUCGUCAUAAAAUUUCCCAUCUAUACAGUAUAGCUACGUUGCCCUGGGACACUGUUCGAUACCCUGUUUUGAUAUUUAUUUAAAUGAAAUUUCGAAAAUUUUAAAUUUUUCCCGAACUCAAUCAAUUUUUGUAACCAAAUAUGACUCCAGACAUGCCACCAUAACUUUUUUAUGAAUGUAUCAGAUCCCAAUGAUGGUGAAAAAAUAGUUAAGUACCUUUUUUCACCUACUUUAACAUCUCUAAAAAUAUUUUUUUUGAAUUUACUCCUGAAAAAUGCCAUUUUUUCAUAAAACUCAAAUGUGCGACCCCUAAAUCGCGGUACCCAAUGUUGACGUCAUAUAAAAGUUUUGUUGUGACACCCUAAGCUAUCAUUUGAGGGGUGAGCCCCCGGGUUUUCUGACAUAGUGCUAUUUUGGGACACUCUAAUGUACAGGCAAGAAUAGUCAGAUUCAUCUCGUGAGAAAAAUUUGAGUAGUUGCGGAUAUAAUUCUUUUGAAAACUCGAAAUCGCUGCGCUAAACGUUUCAGGGUCUCCGCUUCUCUUGAAUUUUAUAUGCACCUAGGGGAAGGGCGGUAAAGACGGACACCUUAAGGUAAAGACUCAAUAUCUACUCAAAUAUAACUGUAUUGAUCGCAAUUUUCGCACAAACUGAACCUUUAAGUCUCUGUCUAAUAAAGUUACAACGUGCGCUGGAAAAUUUCUUCCAAAAUUUAUGCUUUUUUAAAUAUUAUAAACAUCAUGUAUAAAUCAGAGUUUCUGCGCAAGGGCGGGAAAGACGGACACUUGAUAUGGGAAAGACGGACACUCGCAAAAAGGUGUCACGCGUCGUCGAAUUAUCAGUAUUAAGAAAGAUUAACAUAUUUCAUCAUGUAUUUAGGAAAGAAUUGGUUUGGGAAAACCCCCUUCCCGAUCCCCCCUUUGAGCGAGAAAAUAAAAUGGUUCCCUUCAAUAUUUUAAUUGGUGACGAAUUAAUCGUUUCUAAAAGUUGGCCUAUUCCAACUGCUAUAUGACUUCUGGUUACUUUUACAUAUAAAAUAUUUAAGUAUUUGCAAUGUUAAAUAGUUGUUGGGCAAAAUGGGUUCAAAAUCUGUGUGUCCGCCUUUCCCUACCUUUGGGUGUCCGUCUUUCCCGACUUGGAUAUCAUUUGUUCAAACUUCAAUAACUUUUUACUGAAUAUUCAAAAGUUUACCAGGUUUCCAAUGCAUAUUCAGUGAAGGAUCAAACUAACGGAAUGUCGUCUGUUUAGCAUGAUUAUGUUAUUUUUUAACGAUUUACUAGCUAUUUUCUUCACACACAAAAUUACAUCGGUAAGCGUAUAUACGUAUUUUUUCUUUGUUUUGCUUAUAAAUUUGACAGCUGCGCUGCUAAAAAUCAGCAGUUUAAUUCAAAAGUGUUAAUUCAGUCUAUAGAAACA